CAUUUUUUUAUAACUUUAGAUAAAAUAUGAUUACAAGGAGUCGACUAUAACUCGUCAUUAUGGACGAUUCUAUUAGUAAUCUUCCCCUUCCUACUCUCAAUCUGGCCGAUAUUCAACACUAUAGGAAGGAGGUUGAAGUAUGGAGCUUAAUAACCCCCCUGCAGCAGGACAAGCAAGCUCUCACCCUCGUCUACUCUCUACCUACUGAGGUUAGGACGGGCUUGCUCCGGGUGCUGGAUAUACAGAAUCUACGGAAGGAUACAGGAGUACAGUAUCUUCUUAGGCACCUAGAGAACUCUAACGCAGGAUUGAGCCUAGCGUUUAAAAUCUUCUCUGAGGAUUGCAUCCAGGGUUCAGAAAGUAAUGAAGAAUAUAUUCAACGGUUCAAAAAGAAAAAAGAAGAAUUAGAGAAGCAUCGUCUCGAGUCGAAUGAUUUAAUGUGGACGUUCCAUCUGAUAAAAGGAGCUAAUCUAACCUGUGAGGCCCGGGAUCGUGUGUUGAAAGUAUUGGAUCCUGACUCCAAGUGUUUAUUAACGGAUGCUGAAGAUGCACUCCAAGAUUUUAAAUCUCCAAAACGGACAAAAUACAAGGACAGUCAGGAAAUGUAUACUGAAAAAGAUCUUUGUGAUCUUCCGAAUGAAAUUCUAAAUAUUAUCCUCCUUCAUCUCGAUACAAGAGAUAUUGCCAGUUUACGAGUUGUUUGCAAACGGUUCCACGGGAUAAUUGAAGAAUUCAGUCCUUGGCGUGUUCUUGCUCCAUCAUACCCUAGUUUAACCAAGCUUCCCUCCCUUCUUAAUCAUAUCAGUAAAUGCAGAAAUCUGAGAACGCUUAUUCUACCGAGCCUCAAAGUGUUAAUAGAUUUCAACUCUCUUUACGUUCAGGUGGCUGCUUCCUGUCCUAAGCUGGAGAGACUAGAGCUCACAGUGUACGGUAGAUCUGAUAUUGACUACUUGGCCUUCUUGUUCGAGAGCUGUCAGGAAAUUAAGUUCAUUAAACUAAAAUCAUCUGAUCAGGUUUUGAUUGAUCUCAGAGCACUGAAGAUGAUCGGGAAUCGUCUCCCAUUCCUAACUGAGCUGGAUAUCUCGGAUAAUUUCAUGGAUUCUGCUGAGUUGACCUACAUCUCACAGAAGUUUAGGAACCUCAAGAGGCUGGUCGUUCAGGUCUACGGACAUAGUGAUGAGGAAUCCAAUGAAGCCAUUAGGUUAAUAUCUUUGAGGUGCAGUAUGCUGAAGGUUCUGGAACUCCGAGGAAUAUCCCUGGAAUCCUCAACUUUGGAGAGUAUUGUAUAUAACUGUAAGAACCUUGAAACCUUUCUCUUGAAGCCAGGGCGAAACAUUGAUCAAUUCAUUUAUCGGGAUUUUGGAAAACAAGCUGAAAAUUUGAAACAUCUGACUUCAGAAACAGGAGCUUUUACGAUAGCAGAAUUCUCUGUUUGGAAUUGCUCGUUACUCGUGGGUUUGAAGAACUUAAUAAGUUUCCAUCUCGUCUCAAACAAGAAAUGGGAAGGUGGUUUAAGCUGUCUCCAUGUGAUCGCCAAGAACAAUCUCAAGUUCAAGGAGCUAUCUCUGUCCAUGAACCUGCACAGCGAAGCUGCGCACGAUAUUUCCUCAUCGCUCAAGACCUUCUUCCAGACAGACGUCGGGUCCAGGCUGGAGUCUCUGGUUCUUAGCUUUAGUCAGGAGGUUAGUAUGAAGACUUUGAGAGAUUUAGGAAAAUGCUGCCCUAAACUUAAACAACUUCAUCUCUCAAAGGUUCAGAUAUCUGAGUUGGAUUUCCUAUAUAUACUCCGGGGUUGUCAGAAUCUAGAGAGUUUAGUCCUUGCACAGAUGGAUCUUCAAUGGGCGUGUGAUAUUGGGAGGUUUUGUCCAAACCUGAAGAAUUUCUCUGCAAAUCAAUUAGAAAAGAUCACUAGAGCCUCCAUACUUAAGCACUGCAAGCAGCUGAAGAAGUUGGACCUUUGCGGAAAGCUUAGUAAGUCGGAGUUGGAAAACAUUGCCGAGUUGGAACACUUAGAGAUAUUCAGGUUUGAAGACCUGGAGGUUCCAAGUGACCUUGAUGAAUUUAUCAAGAUAACCACAAGUUGUACCAGACUCAGGGAGAUAUAUUUUGCGGAUUCCACUAAUUAUGAAUCUAUUUGGGACCGACUGGCGCGCCCUGUAAUUGUUAAUGAUUACGAAUUCCUGGAUCAUCAUCCCUGGACCUGGACCUAUAUUGUUUCUAGGAACUCCUUCGAUCCCGCGCAGUAGUCCUUAGCAUAGUGUACACUGUACAGCACUGUGCGAUGUAGUGUACACUGUGUACAGUACAUCUUUUUGUAGUGUACUAAAUACUUGUUAACUUUAAAAGUCACUUUAAUCAAAUAAAAGAGAUCUAAAAUGGA